AUGGCUGCCUCCAAACCUAUUCAAGAUGCUCCAGAAUCUCUCGAAGCCGAAGAAGAUGCUCUUCUCGACGCCGCCGAUGCAGGAGAAGAAAUACCCCAGAAUGAAGAUGAAGAUGAAGAUCACCCAAUGGACUCCGACCCAGAUGAACCAUUAGACGAGAUUCAGCUCCAAAAUGACUCCAUUGCCCACUUCGACUCCCAUAAAGAUUCAAUCUUCUGCAUAGCCCAACACCCCACUGAUCCCUCCAUAGUCGCAACGGGCGGCGGCGACGAUACCACCUUUUUGUGGUCCUAUGACCCUACCUCCUCUUCUUUGCCUACAUCUAAUUCAUUACGCGAGCGCCCCUCCCUUCAGUCUCUCGCGAAAAUCACCGGCCACACCGACAGCAUAAAUGCCCUGACCUUCACCCAACCCGAUGGCACCUACCUCCUCACCGGCGGGCUCGACGGCCAAAUUCGUGCACAUCUCACCACAUCACCAUCCUACCAGCUUGUAUCAUCUGCACAAGAAGUCCCAGAGAUAAACUUUCUCGCUCCUUGUCCGGCCCCCUCCUACCCUGACACUUUCGCCCUCGGCGCCUCCGAUGGCUCUGUAUGGGUAUAUACCAUAUCUUCCACCCAUGAAAACGGUAGUGAGGCAGAACUGCAGGUCCUACAAGCAUACUAUCUCCACACAGCCUCCUGCACAGCUGCUGCGUGGACACCAGACGGCAAUCUUCUCGCGACAGUGGCCGAAGACGGAACAUUCUACGUCUGGGACCCCUUCGGCGCUGCGGCAGCGCAGGGGGUGACUGGUAAGAGCGGUGGCCAAACCAUAGUAAGCUUGACGCCUGAGGAUGCGAGGUUUGCGGUCGAAGGGGGAUUGUACAGUAUCGCCAUUGCGCCGAGCGGGGCCUUCGCUGUCGUUGGUGGUGCGGGGGGAAACAUAAGAGUCGUGGGGCUUCCAAGACUCGGCGUCGAGGGGGCUAGUAGUGCUCAAGGUGAGCGGAAAGGUGCGAAAGGCGGUGGCGCGAAGGAUAAAGCUGGUGGAGGCAAGAGGAGUGGAGGGCCGGCCUCAGGGUCGGACGGAGCAACAGGACAGGUGGGGCAGAUACUCGCGAGUUUCCAAGCGCAGGGAGAUAGUGUGGAGACACUGGCAUUCUCGGAGCCGCCGCUCACAUUACUGGCGGCCGGGAGCGUGGAUGGGAGUGUGGUGCUUUUCGAUUACGCGCAUAUGUGGGCUGUGAGACGGCAGAUUAAGGAGGCGCAUGACGGUUUUGCAGCCGUGAAGGUGGAGUUUCUGCCGCAGAGAACGGGCCUGGGUCAUGUGUUGACGAGCUGUGGGAUGGAUGGAGUGGUGAGGAGGUGGGAUGUUAGAGGAGGAACGGCGGCUGGUGGGCAGGGGUUGAUCGGCGAGUGGAAGGGGCAUAGAGGGGAUGGGGAGGGUGGUGGUGUGCUUGGAUUCGUGCAAGGUGGGAAUGGAAAAACAGCCAUCACGGCUGGGGAUGAUGCUGUGUCUUUGGUUUUUGAUAUGGCAGCUUGA